CUUGCCAGUCGAUUCUGGAGCCUCGAACUGAGUGUAUCUUUUCUUUACAAUAUAUAUAUAAUAAAAAACAAAAAAAAAAUCGCGCAAUUUACGUUGCUUAUUUAAAAAUCUAAAAAAUAUUUAAAAGAAAAUAAACGGUAAAUAAUACCUCGUGGAUGUGUAUGCAUACAAUCACAUCGACGCACGUACGUACAUUGUGUAUUAUUCACAUCGUACGUCGUCGUCGUGGUGAAAAUUAAAAAUUGUUUUGCAUUCAAAUAUUAAAAUUAAUUUUUAAAAUAAAAAUAAGAAAAAAAAAGAAAUAAGAAACAAAAAAAAGGAACUGAACUGCAAUAGUGCGAAUAAAUUCGAAAGGAGAGAAGAGAGAAACACCGGAAUACUAAAAUAAGAACUUUCAAAAAUUUACUGCUAUUAAUUACCAAAAAAAAAUUUGUUUUUCUCUCUAAAAAUGUUAUGCUCUUUCUACAAAAAAAAAACUAUUUUUAGUGAUUAAAGUGAUCUUUGGAUUCUUUUAAAUUGCCACACACAAACUGUUGCUGAUCCCAUCGUUAAAUAUUCAGAAUCCGAUAAUCGCAAUCUACUGCCCGCCGGACCACAUCAUACAAAACGCCUCAGAAAAGCUCAUUGUGCUUUCGAAUUCACUGUGAAAGAGAACCACCUUGCUCCAAUUUUCAGUGUCUCUUCUUCCUUCAAAAAGACUGAAACCAAAAAUACUCAUCAUUGACAUCUGUACAAGAACCUAAAAAUCAUCAAAAAAAAAAAAAUUGAGGAACUACAGCUACAAAUCUUUACCAGAACCUUAAAAUUAUCAGAAUUACCUUGGAAAGAAAUUCAGAAAAUACCGGUAACAAUUGUACAAGAAUGUAAAAAUCAUCAGCAUCGAAAACAAAUCCAACGCGUCAAGAAAUUAUUUCAAAAAUAGAUAAUUGUCGAAAACUAACAGACAUUUGCAGAUAAAUACAGUCGAAAAUCUUUAUAGGAACUAAAAUGUUCUCAGCAUCAUCAUCAUUGUCAAGAAAUUGAAAAAAAGCUAAAAAUCUGGACACAACAUUUAAAAAUCGUUAGGAUCUUCAUCUGUACAAAAAUUGUCAGCAUCAUUAUCAUUGGCAACAAAUUUCGACAAAUAGACAAUUAUGGAAAAUUAACAAACAUUUUUAGACAAAUACAGCUGAGAAUCUGUACAAGAACCAAAAAAUCAUCAUCAUUGUCCGGAAAUUGAGAAAGUACCACCGAAAAUCUGUACACAAGAUUUAAAAAUCGUUAGGCUCUUCAACAUUAUCAAUCAUUUUAAAAAGUACAACUGGAAAAUCUGUAAAAAAAAUCGUCAGCAACAUUAUCAUCAUCUACUUUCAAAAAUUAUACUGCAGCAUGAUCAUCAUUCUGCGGCAAUAAAUAAAUAAAUUGGCUAAAAUUAACAAAAACUUUCAGAUUUGUACAACCGAAAAUCUGUACAAACAUUUAAAAUUCGUCAGCAUCUUCAAAAUUGUCAAUAAAUUAAUAAAGUAGAACUGGAAAAUCUCUACAAAAAUCGUCAGAAUCAUUAUCGUCAUCAACUUCCAAAAGUAGAUCAUUAUGCCGCAUCAAUAAAUAAAUAAUGUGACUAAAAUUAACAGAAACUUUGAAAAUCUGUACAAAAAUUAAAAAUUCGUCAGCAUCUACAACAUUAUCAAUAAAUUAAGAAAGUACACCCGGAGAAUCUGUACGAAAAUUCGAAAAUCAUUAGCAUCAUUAUCAUUGUCGACAAACUGCUUCGAAAAAAAAAUCAUUAUGGAAAAUUAACAGUCAUUUUCAGAUAAAUUCCGUUUGAAAAUUUGUACAAGAAAUCAGCAUUAUAAUCAGCAUCAUAAUCAUCAUCAUCAUCAUCGACGUCAACAAAUUGAGAAAAAUCAAACAACUUGAGAAACAGAUCACCAUGAAAAACUAACAAGCAUUUUCAGAUAAAUACAGAAAAGAGAAAAUCUCGAGAUAAAUGGCGAUUCCUUUCCAAGUGUUACUUCUACCUUGACAAUUAUUCCCCGAGGAGGAGGAGCAAAAAAAAAAAAAACGCCAGCGAAGGAGAGAUUUCUUUCUGAAAUAUAGCCAAUUUAAGGAAUUGCGAAUGUAUGCAGAGAGAGGGAACGAUGAUUCACUUGUUAAGCUUGACAUUGGUUAGAUGAUACAUCAAGAAUGAGGCGAAAGGAGUGGUAUUAAGAUCCAAAAAUGGAUUGGCUGCCUCUAUUCAGGUAGCCAAAAAUAAAAACCCAAAAAAAGGUGGCAAAAAAAAGUCUACUAUCCAUGUACAUAAAAAUAGAAAGAAAUAAGAGCAAUUGUACAGACGCAAGUGAUUGAAGGAAAAAAAUAAUAUUCAAAAUAAAACAAACCAAAAGAGAAAGACUGAAAAAAUGUAGGUUUUGCAACAAAACACAUUACAUAUCUAAAAAAUGAAAUUUUUCAUCAAGAAGAAAUCACACGAUACACUAUACACUUUGUUCUUAAAAUACAAAACAAUAAGAACCUCCUUUUUGGAUCUCACUAUCAAAAAUUAAAGUCCUCAGUGAAAAAAAUUUAAAUAUUAAAAAAUUUAUUUGGGCAAUAAAUACACAGUACAAAGUUUAUAUUUAUACAUAUACAUAAAGACAAAUUUGCAAAAAAAGGAAAACAAGAAAAAAUUGUGAAACUAGAGAACAGGGAAUUAGUGCAUACGAAUUAGUGCUGCAAGGGAAAUAAAAAGAAGAUUUUAGAUUUUUUCGUCACUAUUUGUAACAAUUAUAGAAUGGGGAUCGAAUGAAAAUGAAAAAAGUGUGAGAAAGGAAAAAGAAAAGAUUAGUGUUUGUGAGUUGUGUGUGAAACUGCGGUUCUCCGAAGUGCGGAAAGCCUUCUUAAUCGAACAGAAUGGGUUGUGGGCAGAGUAAGAUUGGUAACAUUUAUCCCAAGAACAAGAAGAACAAAAGUACCUCGAAGAAGGGCGACUCGAUACGUUCUGCAUCAAUUGAACACAAAAACGGAAAUGGCAGCGUCAAGGGUAACAAGACGAACAAUAAUGGGGCCGAGGUUAAUCGAAAUGAAGAUCAUAAUGGUUCCAUUGACAUAAAGUCGCAGGCAAAGAAGAAAUCAGGAGGACCUGGAAGUGGCCCUUUGCUACAACAAGCAGAGAUAUCUUCUAGUCAAUUGGAUUUCUUCAAAAUGCUUGACGAAAAAAUUGAAAAUGGACCAGAUUAUGACGAGAGUAUCGAUGCAUCAGCAUCAGCGGAUCGAAUAACAGGCUUGCUCCGUCGCUGGGAGCUUGCCAGUAUUUCAUGCUCGAGUCUAACAGAAAUGAGGAGUGUUUCAACAAUAAAAAAUCACGCGAGCAUAUUGUAUACACCGAGACAGAGCCUAAGUGCCAAGGAUCGUGAGGGCAUGAGAAAUAUAAUUGGUGGUCGUCCAGAGAGUGCUCCUGUUUAUAUGACAGCAAAUCGUAUCGACGGUCUCCAAGAGACGCUCACUGCAUCGCCAAAUAUGCCACGCCACGUUCUUGAAUCAAUUAGCCAGAGUCCAACACAAAGUCUAAAAAGUAUGACACCACCUGGAAUGUCGCCAAUAAAUCAACGCUAUCAAGACUACAGGGACAGUAAUUAUCAAAAAAUUCCAAAAAUCACCAAAGCAGCAGCAUCAGCAGCAGCACAGUACUCGCAUGUACAAAAUUCCCUAAAUGGCGAUUUUCUCACUCAACAACAGAAUCUUUAUCGUGAACAAUAUCUCCAACAAACCGGUAUGGUCACAAUUCCAUCGCAUUAUUCCGUUGUUGGCUCGCCAGCUGGAAAAAAUAAUCCCUACGUUCAACAAUUUCAAAUAACAAAUUCAAAACAUUUUCCUGCACCGAGAAAAAGGGACUUUAAUGCGGCUCAAAUGACGUGACCAGAGAGGGCCCGAACCACGUGAUAAGACUGAACAAAAAAUAUUUAGAUGAAAACAAAACAAAACAAAAGCUCUCGGGGAAAUUUUCAAAAAUUCUCGAGAGGAUCUCCGAAUUGAUCAGCUGCCGAAUUUUUGUGAGAGGGGAAAUUGAUAUACUCAAUUCCAAGGCAUAAUCAUUUCUCACACUUGAAAAAAAAGAAUUUUCAUUUUAAUUUUAGGUAUAGCAUUACUCUUGAGAUUUCGAAAAAUUCACAAGAGAAUCUAAAACAGAUUGUGACUCCCUUUUUUUCAGUGUGAGAAUAAAAGAGAUGAGCGAAAAGAGAAAAUGAUGUUCUCUAAAAAAUAUAUGUAUAUAGAGAGGGGGAGAGAGAUGCUAGGAAAGGCCUAAGGCAAAUAGCGCAUUGAGAGACGGAUUUGGCACCUAGGGCAAAUCGUUCAGAAAACUAUUUUCAAAUAUAUUUGAGACAGAAAGUCGAAUUUAUUUGACAUUCGCGCCAUGAUUUACUGCGGUACAUUAGUUU